CAAUGUUUUAGCAUAGCCUAAGCUAUGAUGAUGUUUUUGGGAAGGGCAAAGGCUGAAAAUCAUGUUUUUGUGGAAGAAAAUCAACGUGCAUGAAUCCAGGCAAUGUUGAGGCAAAAAUAAUCCCCUUCUAAACUGAAAUUAUCUGUAGUUGAGACAGCUAAUUGAUAUCAACUAAAAUGGAGUAACGUUUUCACAUUCACCAACAUGGCAGACGUGUAUACCCAUUUUCUCCAAUCGCAUAGCAGGAUUCUCCUCAGGGAGCACAUCCGGUGGUGUUUCCUGUGUUUGUAAACUGAAAGAAAUUGGAACUCGGGUGACGAGCCACGACAGACGAGUAAAAUUAAAGUUUUAGUGCUAGAUGAGUGAGGUGGGUGUGGCCUCCCAUCAGACUGACCAUCCUGAUUGACGGAUUCCUGGAUGACCUUGUCCCUGCCCCCGUCCCCGCCCUCACAUACACCGUUCCCACUGCAAUGUCACAUCUGCCCAGCAGCUCAGUCCGCGAUCAUAUGAAAUGGGCAGGGUUGCUUGGCUGUGAGGCUGUUCUCUCAAGUAUGGCCCUGAUGCAGGCCAGCUCCAUGGCCGGUCCGCCAAAGAAGAUGAUGGCUCCGCUCGGACAUGGACCACCGCCCCAGAGGGAUGGCCCUGACCGCGGUCCUCAGAGCCACAUGAUCCUGCCAUCUGGAAUGAGCUGUCCACCCCUGCUUAUCCGGAAGGAGGGUGACUUCCACACCCCCCGCCUGCUGGACGAGAAGGAAAUGAGGGCCAACGAAGACAUGCAGCUGAAAAAGAAGAACAGGAAGUCAGGAACGCCCUGUAAAGUGAGAGAGCAAGACGGGAGGGGAGGAAAGGUGGUUGUUGUGGAUGAGAAUGGUAACUGUCCAAUAUCUAAAGUGCAGAAAAACUUCAUCUGCAAUCAUUGUUAUGGAGCAUUUAGGAGUGGAUAUCACCUGAAGAGACACAUCCUCAUUCAUACAGGGGAGAAGCCGUAUGCUUGUGGCAUAUGUGACAUGAGAUUUAUUCAGCGUUACCACCUGGAGAGACACAGCCUGAUUCACACGGGGGUGAAGCCGUACGCUUGUUCCAUGUGUGACAUGAGGUUUUUCCAGCGUUACCACCUGGAGAGACACAGCCUCACUCAUACGGGGGUGAAGCCGUAUGCAUGCAACAUGUGUGACAUGAGAUUCUUCCAACGUUACCACCUGGCGAGACACAGCCUCACUCAUACGGGGGUGAAGCCAUACGCUUGCAACAUGUGUGACAUGAGGUUUUUCCAGCGUUACCACCUGGCGAGACACAGCCUCACUCAUACGGGGGUGAAGCCGUACGCUUGUUCCAUGUGUGACAUGAGGUUUUUCCAGCGUUACCACCUGGCAAGACACAGCCUCAAACAUACGGGGGUGAAGCCGUACGCUUGUUCCAUGUGUGACAUGAGGUUCUUCCAGCGUUACCACCUGGCGAGACACGGCCUCACUCAUACGGGAGUGAAGCCGUAUGCUUGUUCCAUGUGCGACAUGAGGUUUAUUCAGCGUUAUCAACUGGAGAGACACAGCCUCACUCAUACGGGGGUGAAGCCAUUUGGUUGCACCAUGUGUGACAAGAGGUUCUUCCAGCGCUACCACCUGGCAAGACACAGCCUCAUUCAUAUGGGUGUGAAACCUUACGCUUGCACCCUGUGUAACAUGAGGUUUGUUCAGCGCUACCACCUGACAAGACACAGCCUCAAACAUACGGGGGUGAAGCCGUACGCUUGCACCAUGUGUGACAAGAGGUUUUUCCAGCGAGACCACCUGCGGAGACACAGCGUCACUCAUAUGGCGGUGAAGCCGUUCGCUUGCACCAUGUGUGACAAGAGGUUUUUUCAGCGCCACCACCUGCAGAGACACAGCAUCACUCAUAUGGGGGUGAAGCCGUACGCUUGCACCAUGUGUGACAAGAGGUUUUUUGAGCGCCACCGCCUGCGGAGACACAGCAUCACUCAUAUGGGGGUGAAGCCGUUCGCUUGCACCAUGUGUGACAAGAGGUUUUUUCAGCGCCACCACCUGCGGAGACACAGCAUCACUCAUAUGGGGGUGAAGCCGUACGCUUGCACCAUGUGUGACAAGAGGUUUUUUCAGCGCCACCACCUGGCGAGACACAGCGUCACUCACAUGGGAGUGAAGCCGUAUGGUUGCACCAUGUGUGACAAGAGGUUUUAUCAGCGCCACCACCUGGCGAGACACAGCGUCACACAUAUGGGGGUGAAGCCAUACGGUUGCACCAUGUGUGACAAGCGGUUUUACCAGCGUUACCUCCUGGCAAGACACAGCCUCACUCAUUUGGGGGUGAAGCCAUAUGGUUGCACCAUGUGUGACAAGAGAUUUUACCAGCGAUACCACCUCUCAAGACACAGCCUCACUCAUUUGGGUGUGAAACCUUACGCUUGCACCAUGUGUGACAUGAGGUUUGUUCAGCGCUACCACCUGACAAGACACUGCCUCACUCAUACGGGGGUGAAGCCGUAUGCUUGUUCCAUGUGUGACAUGAGGUUUAUUCAGCGUAACCACCUGGAGAGACACAGCCACACUCAUACGGGGGAGAAGCCGUUUGCUUGUGACAUGUGUGACAUGAGGUUUAUCCAGCGUUACCAUCUGGAGAGACACAAGCGUGUCCACAGCGGAGAGAAGCCUUAUCAAUGUGAGCGAUGCCAGCAGAACUUCUCGCGGACGGACCGGCUGCUGCGACAUCGGCGGCUGUGCCAGGGCCGUGGUGUGGCCAAGGUGGAGAACCAGCCGUGCUGCGAGCCCCGCCCUUACUCCCAGGAGCCCCCACCCGCUCCACCCACCUGGAGCCCCCUUCACCCACCCCCUGGUCGACUGGCUGUCUGACUGACAUUCCCUCCCAUCCUCCCUCCCUCCAUACACACACACCAUCUCCCAGAGACGGGACAGGCCACCUAGUCUCACUCAACCCUGCACUCAGUGGCGCCACACUCUGGCAAAGACUGAUCCUUCAUCUCGGGUCCUGAGGUUACUAUGACAGCGGGACAGAUGUUUUUGUCUUCUUUUGAGAGCGAGUUUCCUUCGAUAAUCGCUGGUCUAUUUUGUACUUAAUCUAUUUUUUAAAAGUUGUUUUUUAUUAUUAUUUAGAUGUAUUGUUUGUGCUGUUGGUGGUACUCUCUGGUAGAGGGGGUGGGUGUUAAAUGUUUGUUACACCAUUACAAUGAUGAAGUGGGAUAUAUAUAUAUCUAUAUAACAAUAAACAACACAGGACGUUUGUAGAAAAUGUAGUUUGUGAAAGAAAAAAAGAGUUGUCAGACAAUGGUACAGGUGUCAGAACUAAAACAGGGUUCCAUAAAGUUUGAUUUUAGGACGAUAUAGGCAAGUGGAGGAUGUCCUAACAGGUCAGAAGUGAAGGGUCAGGUCAGAGGAUAUUGUGGUUCUUGUUGGAUAAAGUUGCUGAUGACUCAGGAAGUGGAACAGACAUGAUGAUAGUGUUAGCAAGUUACAUUACACCCUUUAACUGUGUAUGUACAGAGGUCUAUGGGAGCAGGUUGCAGGCUCUCUUCUACAGCCAGUUCUUAUAAAGAUGUACGUGGAAAACAACGGCACAAGAUGGCAGCUUCAGCAAGUUCCAUUACUUUGUUUGUACAGAUCCUCAUGUUGAGAGCAUAGCAGGAGGUAUACACAGUCUUGUGGCCUUAGAGCGUGCUUAUGUUAUUUGUUUAAUUUGCCUUUUGUUUUUUUUUGUUCAUUGUUUAAUUAUAAUUUUCAGAUAAGGAUGCGCCACUGCCUUUUUAAAAGCUGGGUAUGUUUUUCCAAAGCUGUCACCCUUAUAGAACACUGCUUACUACAAUGGCACUAUAAGGCAUAGGCAAAUAUUCCUUCAUCUGUUCGUUGAGAAUUGAUAUAGUGCUGGUUAUUAUUGGUAAUAAUUUAACCCUGGGUUCCUGAAUGAUUACGUGAGGGGAGUUUGACAAUUCCAGUGAGAUGCUAAUAGUGCUAACUUCAAUUUGUCAGGCAGUGCUUUGGUCAGCUAAAGGCCAUACAGAUACUUUUUCUGAUAGUUAAAUGAACACGUGUUUCACUUUGCUACACACUAACAAAUGCCUUUAACUGAGAUUGGGGUAGGUGUGUAUAAAGGAUUUCUGUCAUGUUCUUUCGGGGGUUAGCCUUAACUCGAAUAAGAUCUCUCUUAAAUAAUCAUUGUAGUGUAAAAUUAUAUUGUAAUGAAUGACUGUAACCUGUACUGAACUUUUGAACAUGUCUGUGGUUUACCCCCUCCAAGUGUAAUGGCUACAGAGCACAGAGAUGCUUUCAUUAAUGUCUAUCUACUCUUGUCCUGGUUAAUCAGUAUUCCUAUUGGUGGUGUUCCACAGCAGCCUGUCUGUGGGCUUGUAGAGCAGUUUAGGGAAGGAUCUCUGAAACCUGGUACUGAGGACCAGUGUGUGCUGGACUUCACUUAAACCGAUUCAUUGAAUUGAAUGAUUCUCAAUGUCGCCAGGCUACUACUGUUAGUGAAACCAAUGUACUUUUGUUUAUUUAGUAAUGCCAAAUGUAUAUUCCAGAAAUGUUGCGAUGUACACUCUGCAGUAGUUAAGAGAUUUAACUGUUUAAAAAUGCCUGAGUGAUUAAAUGAUGCAAUCCAGCAAACAGGGGUAUUCUAGUACCAGGGUUAAGAAACUGCAGCUUACUGUAUGAUUUGGCAACCCCUUGCCCCAAGAAAUGUGGAAAGGAUGCCACCUGUAACCACCACUACCCACUAGUGAGGCCACAGGGCAAGGUUGGUUGCCAUUAACUGUUAAAGCCCUCUGUUCUGUCCUUUUUAAGGAUUGUUCUCAAUCUCAUGAUGAAAAUGCAAUAGAAUCUUUUGAGUCUGAUCAGUUAAUACAGUGAGGUUUAUUUUCUUCUAAGGGUCAGGUAAAGGAUGGUGCGGUUAGAGAAGAGCUCCUUGCUCUCUGCUCUACUGUAUUUGACGAUUCUGGUAAUGUUUCAAGGACCUUUUUUUUCUGAUAAUAUAAACACUGGAGUGAUAAAAACAAAAGUAAAAAACAUGAAAUAUGGAUUUUAAAAAAUCAACUGUUCUAGAUUUUAGUCUUUAGACAGAGCCUCUUACUACUCAACUUGACAAAGAUGGCAGAACCAUUUGGAUCAGUACUGUGUUGAGAGCCCAGGGCGUUUUAGUAAUUUCAAGAUUAGAGGUGGUAGUACCUCAAGAAAAUGACUGUUUUUAUACAGGUCCCCUUCUAUUUGUAGUGAAUUAUAUUGAUAGAAAUAUUAGGUAAGCAACAGCAUCUACAUUAGCUAUCACAAGUUAGUAUUUUCUUUGUCUUUAUUAGUCUUGCAUGCAGAGUUAUGGUCCUCAGUUAAGAUAGGAUCUUAUAUUGAUUAUUAUUUUGUCUAAGCAAAAUACGUGCAUAAAAAUAACUUCUUAAAAAAAUGUUACAUUUGAUUAUUGUAAAAAUGGGGAAACUAAUAUGUACCCUUGUGAUCCAAUUAGUUUUAAUUGUAAGGGGAGAGGCUUCCUACCAUUAUGCUGAAAUAAAAUACUUUAUAAAAGA